AUGACAUUCGUGUUUGGAAAUCAUAUCAAGAAGGAGAAGAAGAAGAACAGAAAGAUCCCAAGGCUAUUUUCGCCUUACACUCAAGCUCCUGCCGAACUCCACAUCGGCGAAGAACGCACGGUUUACUACGUCCCAAGUCACUUUCUGCCUCAUGGGUCUCUAAUAUCCACUGGAGAAGGCCCGAUAUUGCUUACUGAUGUCGACGUGAGGACUGGGCAUACGCUCGUUCAUUACCUGUACACCAAUCAAUACGAAACGCCCAACACGUCAGAUGAGCUUGAACACGCCCUGCAAGUUUACAUCGUGGCUAGAAACUACAGCAUUUCCAACCUUGCGGAACUUGCAAUGCACCAUGUGAAAUGUCUCUGCGACAAAAUGGACAUUCUCCAGAUCAUGCGAUCGAUCGAACCGAUCUUUACUAAACUCCGCUCGGAAGGCUCAUCCGACAGCCCGGUCCAUGACAUCUUGGUCAGGAAAAUAAUCGCUACGUUUGACACAGACGUUGCUGCAUUCGAGUCUGAUGAGUUUCGCGCUCACCUAGACAAAGCUGGACUCAUGGGAUUUUUGCUGAAGAUCAUGAUGCAGUUGCAGAUUGCUGUGCUAAAGGGGAUAAGAAAGGAGGACGAGGAGUUGGAAGAGUACAUAAAGAGAUUCCAAGUUUUCACGAGUACCCAUAACGGAUACAAUACAGCUAUUUCGUGCGAAGAAAAUCUCACUGCGCAGAAGCACCACGAGCAAGGUGUACUCGAGUCAGCGAUCACGUCCGCUGAAGCCUUUCCCCCGCCUGAGGAAGCACAGCCUGGUGCGGUCUGCCUCCAGCAUGAAGUCCCGCCUAAAGUAGAACAGCAUGAUCAGGAAUUUCCGAAGAGGGCCGAACUUGAUGUUAAACUCGACAAUGUCCAUCCAGCAGAUUCCUACUUGGAUAUAGCAGCAGAGGCUGUCGCGGUGAAGGAAGUGGUUCAAGAGGAUCCCUGGGCGUCUUGGGGACUAGGGACCGAGAAAAAGAAAAAGAAGAAGAAAACUAAGAAAGGGGGUGUACCAGUACCAAUUGAGGAGACGAAAAGUCCUGAGGCCGAACGUAGACUUUCACAGUCUGAAGCUGUUAAUGUCAUAUGUGCGCCUGACCUGGUUCUUCAAGAAAUUUGUCCUAAUCAGGCGUGGCACCUAUAUGGAGGAGACAAAGGUUGGAAGUCGUGUAAACAAUGCGGAGAACUUGUAGCGAGAGCUGUUCAGCAAGCUGCGGAGUCUGAACUGGCGUUAUCUUAA